GAAGAGAGAAGUGUUCGGUGAAGGUUGCGCGUGGAUUCCGGGCUACUUCUUCAUCCUCCGCCGUGAUGUUCUCCCGCGUCUCGGCCUUCGGGGCCAGUCGCCCCCUCUCUCUCCGUCUUCCUUGCACCCCCGGUGGCUCCGAAGCGGCGAUGGAGACUCGGGGAGUGUGGCCCUUGCCCGGCUUGGCCAGGACAGAAUACAAAAUUCAAAGGUGGUUUGGCAUAAACAGUAUGAUCUGCAACAAGAAAGAUGAGUCUUCUAUACCUUUUGCAAAAAUUUCAAAGGAUGUUCCAGAGAGACAGGAUAAUGAAAAGAAAAAUACAAAUAAAAACUUGUUGGACAUUAUAAAGAGUAUGAAAGUUGAAUUAAGUGCGUUAGACAUGUUACAGGACAAAAAAACUCCUACAACCAUGACACAAAGCAGGAAGGAAGUUAACCUAAGAACAAGAAGUGUGGCUCAGGAAGCUGUAGAAGAUUCUGCACCCGAGAGUCAGCAGUCACUGAAUCCUGAAUUAGUGGCAGCUGCAACUGCUGUUGCUGAGUCUCUUCCUUUUGACAAGUUUUCAGUCAAAUCAGAUUUGCUCCGUCAAUUAAGAAAACAUGAGGAAGACUUCAGAGCCCACCAAAGAAAAGAAACAAAUAAUAUAAGUAACAUAGUAUCAGAUAUGAAGAUUGCCAAGUCAUCUACAUCUCGAAUUUAUGCCAGGCCAGACCAUCAGAUUCAGUUUGAUGAAGGACACGGAUUUUUAUCAACAAAUGAAAUGUUGGUUCUUGAUUCUAAGAAAAGGAAAGGAUUAUUUCAGGGGAAGAGGCUUAAUGUUUUCCCUGUUGAGACAGCUCCUGAAGAGGCACCUGAAACAGAGGCAUCACCAACACUUUGGGAUAUGGAAUUUGCUAAUCAAUUAGCCAAAAUAAAUCAACAACUUCCCCAGAAUGCUAUUGAGGAGAUGAUCCAGUGGACAAAAGAGGGAAGAUUGUGGACAUUCCCUAUUAACAAUGAAGCUGGUAUUGAUGAUGAUGGUGCUGAUUUUCAUGAACAUAUAUUUUUGGAUAAAUACCUGGAAGAUUUUCCAAAGCAAGGACCAAUUCGUCAUUUCAUGGAACUAGUUACUUGUGGACUCUCCAAAAACCCAUUUCUUACUGUUAAACAAAAAGUUGAGCAUAUAGAAUGGUUUCGUAAUUAUUUCCAUGAAAAAAAGGGUAUUCUUGAAGAAAAUAAUAUACAAUUCAACUGAAAACACGGAAAUUUAACAUUUUUUUGGAGAUGUACAUUAUCACAGACUAUAUAGAAAUUUUACUUUCUCCCCUCCUGUUACUUUGUAGUGAAUAAUUAUUGUAAUUGAUUUACAUUGCAAAGACAUUACAUUAUUUAAGAGAUUAGCUAUGGUAACUGAAAAUAUUCUUAUUUGUAAAAUUUUAUUAUAUCCUGUAGAUAAUAAAAAUUUUGACAUGAGAAUUAUAA